AUGUUCUCGAAGAAGGGGCUGGGUUUGUUGGCAGCUGCGCUUGCCGCGCAAACAUGUUCCGCGUCGGCCAACAAGGCCCGCGAUGAGCACGCCACUUGCAAGAAGACUACGGUCGCUAUCCUGGGAGGUGGAAUGGCUGGCGUCGCUGCGGCACAAGCUUUGUCGAACUCUUCUAUUCACGACUUUAUUAUUAUCGAGUAUCGGGAUACCCUUGGUGGCCGUGUGGCUCAUACCGACUUUGGCAAGGAUCCCAACGGCAAGCCGUACACUGUCGAACUGGGAGCAAACUGGGUGCAAGGACUUGGAUCUCCUGGCGGCCCUGAGAAUCCCAUUUGGACCUUCGCAAAGAAGUGGGACCUGAACAAUACCUACUCCGACUAUAGCUCCAUUCUCACCUACAAUGAGACCGGCUAUGUGGACUACAGCUCCCUUUUGGAUGACUUUGAGGACCUGUACGAUGAUGCCGCUGAGGCGGCUGGAGUUCUUCUGACCGAGAACGGCCAGGACCAGACUGCUCGCAGUGGUCUGGCUCUGGCCGGAUGGAGGCCUAAGAUUGAUGAUAUGGCCCGCCAGGCUGUGGAGUGGUGGGAGUGGGAUUGGGAGGAUGCUUAUUCACCCGACGAGAGCUCCUUCAUCUUCGGUGCCGCCGGUGAGAACUUGACUUUCAACCAGUUCAGCGAUGAGAACAACUACGUUUGGGACCAGCGUGGCUACAACCGAAUCAUCAUCAAGGAGGCCUCGACCUUCCUCAAGGACAACGACCCGCGCGUCCAACUAAACUCAAUUAUCACCAAUGUCACCUACACCGACGACGGUGUGGUUAUCUACAAGAAAGAUGGCAGCUGCGUAUCUGCUGCCUACGCAAUCUGCACCUUCUCGCUCGGUGUUCUACAGAACAACGCCGUCUCCUUCAGUCCCUCUUUCCCUGAAUGGAAGCAAACUGCUAUCGAGAAGUUCAGCAUGGGCACGUACACCAAGAUCUUCCUCCAGUUCAACGAGACCUUCUGGCCUCGCGACACCCAGUACUUCUUGUACGCUGACCCUGUCUCCCGCGGCUACUAUCCCGUCUGGCAAUCCCUGUCCGCCCCUGGAUUCAUCCCGGAGUCAAACAUCAUCUUCGUCACUGUGGUCUCGCAAGAAUCCUACCGCGUGGAGCGCCAAUCCGAUGAGCAGACCCAAAAGGAAGUCAUGGCCGUCCUGCGCAAGAUGUACCCAGACCUCGACAUCCCCGAGCCCACUGCCUUCAUGUACCCCCGCUGGUCAACCACCCCCUGGGCAUACGGCAGCUACUCAAACUGGCCUCCAUCGACCACCCUCGAGAUGCACGAGAACCUGCGCGCGAACGUGAACCGCCUCUGGUUCGCGGGUGAGGCUACCAGCGCAGGGUAUUUCGGCUUCUUGCAUGGUGCUUGGUUCGAGGGCCGCGAUGCUGGUGAGCGGAUUGCUAAGUUGUUGGGUGGUAAGUGUGCGAGCACGGAUACCUCUGGCACUUGUGGAAAUCGCAAGCACUGGGAGCAUCUGAAUGGUAGCACGCCUCUGGCUGACUAUAGUGCUUUUGAUGGGUGGGAUGUUAGCAGCUUCUACUCGAGCUACUAA